GAGCCAACAGUUUUUGCAGCGCCGAGCCCAUUUUUUAGCCGCCACUCGGCAUUCUCGAGGAACAAGCGCAGCUACGGGCCAUCGUCACCAUCAGCAGGAAUUUAAAUUAUUUGACCGACCAGUCGUCAGAUAUCAGCGUCGGCUUUUCAUCAGCAACCGCCACCACAACCACACCGCUGCACGCCUCUCACGCCCCCGCCCCUCCAACCUAUAAGGUGUAACCUCCGACCUCCUCUACAUACGCAUUCCACACAAGCGAACAUCACCAGGAGGCGCCGGACACUCGUCGACAACUUCCUUCACCGCCCUCCGAAGUAUCCCACUAUUGUGACUGUCCUGGACGUUCACAAAGCAGACAAAAUUCUUGGGCAUUGUUACUGUCUAUUGCCCAACCACAUUCCCAUACGGUUCCUUGGCUAUAUAACCCAUAAAGCGUCCCGGCUUUCUUUAGCAGCUGGGGUAUCGACCGCUGCUCACCCUUCGGCAUCCAUUGCGACUCUCAAUCGUCCAGUUAUAGACCAACUUCCCUCAUUCUGGCCCGGGAGUAUACUUGGCGAUUCGAAUUACUCCCCCACUACCUACGAUGGCAGACUUUGACUACGGCUUCGCUAGUCUGCAGACGCCCCCUGCCACCGCUCCGAACGGCAGCGCAUCACAGUCUGCUUCUGCAUCAGAUGCAAAUGAUGAAGGUUGGCAAGAAGCCACCACGGAUGGGAGUGAUAAUGUGAAACGAGAUAACGGAGGUAAAAAAGGAGGCCCGAGCGCAAGUCUUGGCGCAGCGGAAGGUAGCAGUUUGGCAAGUGGGAGUGCUACCGUGAACGCCCAGCCGCCUCCCGAUCCCCGCUUUCCAUAUGCUAACCUACUCGCAUCCGACCCCGUCCAGCCCCCUGAUCAGUUCCAGCCAGAUUUACGCACAGGGUAUCAUCGGUAUUAUCUUGCUUCGGACCUUCCUCCGAGUAGUAACCCUCAGGAAAGCUCAUUACAAGCCCUUCCUCCAUCCCUUCAACAUUCUCAGGCUCAUCACCGUGUCCAGACAUCUCGCCAACAACAUAGACUACACCCGUAUCAAACUUCAUCAAACAUUUUGAAUCGCCACACGACCGCCAGGGCGCAUUGGGACGACGUGUCCUCCCCAGACCAAGAUCUUCAGGGACAAAUCGCCUCGGCAAAUUCUUCAGCGGCAAAUACACCUCCUGGCUCAGUUCCUCUUGCUCCUCCUCCUCCCGCUGCUGCUGCGGCUGGUGCCUCAGACACCACCGAAGGCACUAAUCCUAAGCCAACAGGUCGCUCAGGGCAAAAACGACGAAAGAAGUACACUCGUACCCGGACUGGGUGUCUCUGCUGCCGAUCGCGUCGAAUCAAAUGCGAUGAGGCUCGUCCAGUAUGCAAAAGGUGUACUAUUGCCAAGCGAGAAUGUGUUUAUCCCGACGGUACUGGAGGGAGUAACCCUGCAUCGGGGACUGAUGCACCUGGAGGCUCAAAUAGAGGUAAAGGAAGGAGUAGCGGGGAAGAUAGUGAGAGUGAAAACGAUCGGUACAGAAAAAGCAGGCCCGGAAGUCCGUCGGUGCUGUGCUAUCCCCCAAUUCCCAAUGGCAAUUUCGGGUAUGGUGAUGGGACCGACGCGUACGAUGCGUCAGCUCUCAAUAUGGCUCCUAUGUCAGGUGGACUCGUUGGAAGUGCGAUGGGUGGAGGGAUGAGUUUAAUGGAGAUGGGAAUGGCUCAACAACAACAACAGCAGCAACAGCAACAGCAACAAUAUCGGCAACAGCAGCAGUUAAGUACGCAAGGACAAGUCAGUUUCGGAUCAGAAGCAGGCAAGCAAGAAUGGGGCGUGCAGCAAGGUGGUGCGCCCAUAUUGUCAACUCCCAACUUUCUGUUACCAUGGUUCCCAACCGCAGAAGAACGAAGUUUAAUUCUUCAUUACUGUGCAAACGCCGCUUCCCUUCUCAUGGCCAUUCCGAGCGGCCUUAACCCCAUGCUUGCCAUUAAUCUUCCUCUAGCUCUCGAUUCACCUCGAGGAAUGAAUCCGUCUGCUGAUGCCCUUCGUGUGGCCCUUUUGGGUAUCGGCGCCAUCCAUCAAGCCUUUCUUCUGGCUCGCUCCGGUGUUUCCAACCAGCAAACCGCUGCCAUGUUCCAAUACGCAUCUACUCUCCGAGAUACAGGGAAAGAGAUGGUCCGACGUGCUGCUCACAUUGGUACGACGGAUGCGGCGUUGGGUGCCGCCACCGCGCUCGCCACCAUUGACAUCUUUUUUGGAGGCUCUAAUUGGCAAGAUAAUUUUAGUCUUGCAAAAGAAAUGGUCCGCGCCCGUGGGGGACCAGCAGAAAUGCUCAAAUCAAGUACACCUAAAACGCUUACAGAGGGAGUCACUGUCAGUCCGGCAAGGUUAAUGCUUGAGGUCUUGGCGAUCUACGAAACGUUUGGGUGUUUGACGACAGGUGAAGAACCCACGCUCAUAAGCGAACAUGGCGAGAAUUGGUGGCUUGAGGCUAGUCGGUCGACAUACGAGGAGCAUUCAGUGGAGAAACAAUUUGGAAUGUCCCGGGUUAUGGUUCUUCUUUUCAUUCGUCUCACUCGUUUGAUCAACCGUCUCGAUAAGAGCAACAUCAAAAUCACAGAAUCAGCCAGUUCGACCUCUUCUGCCAAUAACCCUUUUCCUCAGUUUGCUCUUAUUCCCACUCCGUCGUCCACUUCCAGCCUUAACGACGCAAGCUCCUUCGCAGAAGACAGUCUUAUUAAGGAAGCAAGGCAGUUGAAUAAGGAUGUUGACACGUGGAUUGAGAGCUUACAGCUUAGCACCUUGGAACAUGAAAGGGUCCAAGUAGGGAAUCGAGCUUAUGCGCAUGCGAUGAAGAUUCUGCUUUUGAGGCGAGUCUUCAAAUACACACGCAGUGACCCUCGUGUCCAGAGCGCCGCACAACAAGUUUUGCAACAUUGCUCUUGGUCGACUGCCGCCCUCGGCAUGUCUAUUGACUUGACUUGGCCGGCAAUAAUAGCUGCCUCAUGCGCUGAUGGCUCUUCUCGUCAAUGGGUCCUGACGCUGUUCGAAGGCUUCAAGAGUCAAUGCUGUUUCGAUAUUGACACAGCGACAAGGAUCAUAACAGAAGUAUGGAGGAGGGUAGAUACUGGUGAGGGAAGGGCAGACUGGAAGGAAGUUUGUGACGAUUUAGGGUUGAGAGUGUUAUUGUGUUAAACUUGAAUCUUCCACAGUAACGAGCUGGAUGCGCUCCAUUACAUCGUCAGACGCCGCCAUCUGGACCAAUGAUCGUAACAAACAAGUUGGAGGAGGAGGUCGCAGUAGAGCAUAGACAAUAUUGCAUCGUACAAACAAUCAUCAAUACUUACACUUACAUUAUGCAUUGAUCAUUCCUCC